AUGGAGGCUGCACGAGAAAAGAGCCAACGCCAUUAUGCCAAACAUAGAGAUGAUAUUUUACAAAGGCGGAAGGAUCUUCGUACAUGCAUAAAGAAACGUGACAAUGAAGCAGAGGUGUUAUCCAAAGAAAUCUUGAGAGCUGUGAAGAAAGCGUUGCAUGGGUGUGAUGACGAUGAGUCUGAACCGGACACCGAUGAUUCCAGUGACAAUGACGAGAUUGACACACUAUCAGAUCUUCCAAGUUGCUUACUCGCUAUCAAAAACGCCAAGGACAACAUGCUCAAGUUGAUUGGUGCUGACCCAUGCGAGUUCGCUAAGGACGAACUGACCAAGUAUGUCAAGAGCAUCCCAGAUGAUUGCAAGACUAAGGGUGAUGUCUCAAUCAUUGCAAAUUCAGUGGCCGAGAUCGAAAAACUACUCAAACGUGUUAUCCCUGCGCAAGACCAGAUCCUCAAUUUCUGUGGAAUCUCACCUGAGUGGCACGCUGCAGACUCAGUCUCGCAAUUCCUGAGGACUACUGUUGUGUAUUUGGAGGAUAUUCAGAUCCUUGGAAUGUCCGGAGGAGUUGCGGAGCUUACAACGGCACACUUGUUGGGAGAGCUAAUGUAUCAGAAGGAGUCAAAUACGAAUAUGGCACCCUGGAAAUGGACCUCUCCCGAACAGGAGGAAUGGCUGAGUCCAUGGUAUGAGAAGUACCGUGCGAAGCAAUCAGACAAAGCUAAAAACUGGGCGAAUUUCUUUACCGACUUGUUGGGAGAAUGGCUUGAACUAUUCCCGGAGCCAAGGCCAGCUACACUGCCCCUCAUUGGGCCCCUGACCAGGGAUGAGAUCAUCAUCAUGGAUCAGGCUGAAGCUGACAGAAAAAAGAAAUUAGAAAACUGUUUCAAAAACAGCCUCGGGGCUACAAAGACAGGUCGGCAAGCGAAGGCCAAGGCUGCGAAUGUCUUCCAUGCGGUACUGAAGAGUGUUACCGAAGGCGAAAAGCCCACGCGUUCCCUUCAGGAAGUCGAGGCGUAUUCCAAACUGUACUACCAGAGGUGCGUAAAAUCGAUAGUCGACAACAAACUAAAGGCAGCGGCUGAAUUACUGCAAGCCGAAAAUAAGGCACUUACAAAUGGAAUGCAUGUUGCCAUUGUCAAAAAGGAGACAGCAAAUCUCUACGAAGUAGAAACCAACGAGGUUAAGGCGGAGGUGCAGAGGUACAUUGAGGAUGCAAAGAUGCGCAAAGAUAACGAGAAGGACAGAAUGUGGUCGGAAGACGAUUAUGCAAAAAAUCUGGAAAAACUUGCUGCUAUGGUUAAUAAGUUUUUGAAGGGACUUGCAGACGCGACAGGCUUCUCGUUCUCCCUCCUGGCAGGUGGCCCUUCUCCAGAGCUCAGUGGAUUGAUUGAUGUCUACAGGCAAGUCAACUAUGCUGAUCUGUGGGAUCCAGCGCUCACUUUUGGGAUGAAGUUUUCAUAUGCUGCAGCGAGUUUAAAGGCAAGGAUAGGGGGUGUAGAAGAUCUGAAUGAUGAUGAUGAUGGCGGCAAUCCUUCAUCGAGUGGUGUCGAGUUAGGAAAUUGA